UCCGCCUGCGGAGCACGCCUGCGUAGUGACUCACAACGAAAGGCGAGAAAUGAAAUAUAUGCGGUGGGACAUAUUGUAAUAAUACAGAUUCAGAUGAAAUGAAUACUCCAGCAUUAAAUGGAAAUGAGGGAACACAGAAUAGACAAGAAUCAUCCGAUGUAAGUCUUAUACUCCGAGGGACAUCCGAAAAAAGCAACAGCCAUCUUCUAUAACAGAAGUAAUGAUAUUAGAUACAGAAGCAGCUGUUAUAGCGAAUUUUGAAUUUUUGGGACAUACAGACAUGGACAUGGAAGAGGAAGAAGGGGAUGGAGAGGAUUAAAUUUAUGAUGCAAAUACAGAUACCAAACCAAAUAAAACAUCUAUCCCCCUUCUAGCGGGAAGAUCUUGAUACAGAUGCUGAGGUAGAAGGAGUAUUAAAUGAAUUAAAUCUCCUCACAGAAAUUGAAGAAUCGCCACCUAGUUCUAUCCAUCUGGAAAUGAAUUUUUCUAAGGGAUUUAUUACAUAGAGGAUUACAAGAUCCAAGUCGCCCAAAUAAUAAAGAAGGCGGUGACUCCACGCUGGAAUUAGGAGGAUUAGAACAAUUUUGUGUUAACAAUGAUGCAAAAAUAUCGUACGAUGUAAGUUCCAAGAAUUUUCCCCUGUAUUUCAGUCGAGUCGCUUUUUCAGCUAUGUAAGAGUUACAGUUGAAUGAAUACAGUUUGAUCUCUUCGAACGUUUCGAUGAUCUCUGCGAGCAUCACGGAUGUGAGAAGAUAUCUUCAUUGGGCGACUGCUAUUAUUGCGUGAGGGAAUGUCCCGAGCCGAGGUCCGAUCACACAAAGUACUGCAUAGAAAUGGGUCUAGCUAUGAUCGAAGCGAUCAAACAAUUCGACAUCGAAAGAAGGGAAGGUGUGAACAUGAGAAUAGGUGUGCAUACGGGCACCGUGCUCUGCGGGAUCGUGGGUACGAAAAGAUUCAAGUUCGAUGUCUGGUCGAACGAUGUGACAUUGGCAAAUAAACUCGAGAACACGGGAAAACCCGGUCGUAUACACUUGAGUGAGAAUACCCUGAGAUUUGUGGACGACCAGUACAUCACGGAAAAGGGAAAACUAGUCAAUGGUGUUAAAACUUAUUUCAUACGGGCCUGCAAGUCGGACUUCAUGAAUCAAUUUAUCACGAACGUUACGUCACCGAAAAAUAUCUCACCGUUGAUGCAGUCACGUAGCCGUCUGGCGUCGUGCAAUACUCAGGUUAAGCCACGCCAUCAUUACCUCCACAUGAUCAUCAACACAAGCAACUACCGGAUGAAAGCCAAUUCCUUGCCGAGUAUCUUAGAUUCCGAGAAUGACGAACUUAAAUGAUCGAACACUGACACGAGUUACACAUUGCCGGAUGACUCUGAGACUGGCUGGAUGGAAAGAAUCAGGAAGGUGACGAAAGCCGCGUUAGUCCGGGAAAGCGGCGAGAAGCCGCGCAGGAUUCGGGAGGGCGAUAAGAGCCACGUAGGAGCCGGGAAGGCGGCGAGAACAGCGCAGGAAUCAGGAAAGCGGCGAGAUCCACGUUGGUCCGGGAAACUGGCGAGGAGCCGCGCGGGAUUCGGGAGGGCGAUGAGAGCCACGUAGGAACCGAGAAGGCGGCGAGAACAGCGCAGGAAUCAGGAAGGCGGCGAGAUCCACGUUGGUCCGGGAAACCAGCGAGGAGCCGCGCGGGACUCAGGUGGUCGAUGUGGUCCACGUAGAAAACGGGGAGGCGACGAAAAAGAAAUACCCUAGAAAAAGGAAGAAAUAAACGUCUGGUCUCGACGAGCUCCUAGGAAAGAAUCGCUCUACUCCUUUUUCUGUUUUAAAAAGAACAUCGAUUAACAACCUUUCAGCUUUCUCAGCUGCUAGGCAUCAUGAUGUUUUUCUUUUAAAAACAUAAGAAGGAAAUGCCUUCAAAGCGCGAGCAUGGAACUCAGAGAUGAGCCACGCAAAGUAGCAAGUGAACUCAACGAUGAGCCGCGAGAGCUCACCAUGUAUCUCCGCCCCCAUGGGCUUUCGAAUUAGUUAUUUGAUUCUACUUUUGUAUUAAAAACUCCGCCGCCGUGGGCCAACCAAUUAAUUCUCCGCCGCCGUGGGCCAACGAUUAACUCUCCGCCGCCGUGGGCCAACGAUUAACUCUCCGCCUCCGUGGGCCAGCGAUUAACUCUCCGCCGCCGUGGGCCAACGAUUAACUCUCCGCCUCCGUGGGUCAGCGAUUAACUCUCCGCCGCCGUG